AUGGAAAUCCGAGGACGAAGUCCUGAGCGAGGUCGAAACCAAACACCUGCCAUAGACGACCUAUUCGAUUACGAUGCUGGCCUUGAUGAUAUCCUCAGAGAAACAGAAACCAGCCAACCCAAUGCCUCGACAAAUCCAGCGUCAAAAAUCAAAAAAGCACGGACAGAUUCCAACGGCGCUGGCCUAGGUCUCGAUGAGGAGAUCAAAGUUGCGCCGAAGAGACGACCUGUUGUGAAACUAGAUGAGACACGUUUACUAUCGCAGGCUGGAAUUCCAAAACUGCGGAAGGACGCAAAGACGAAGCUGAAGUUCAAGGGAAAAGGCCACGAGUUCUCCGAUGCCAUGCGCCUUCUCAAUUUCUAUCAACUCUGGCUAGAUAAUCUUUACCCGCGUGCGAAAUUUGCAGAUGGACUCGCCAUAAUUGAGAAACUGGGCCAUUCGAAACGGAUCCAGAUAAUGCGAAAAGAGUGGAUUAAUGAAGGGAAACCGAAAUCCCACGCUAAUGAAAGGGAUAUAGACGAAGAGAUAGGAAACCAAGCGCGUCAGCCGCCAGCUGCGAACGAUGUUACCAUGACUAACUACGAGGAUGCGCGGAACGGAGGAAACAGUGAAUUAUUUCCGACGAACACAAAUACAGAUACCACACGGCAAGAUGACCAAGAUAAUUGCAAGGGCGAUGAUAUGCUGGACAAUCAAGUAUCAUCCAUAUUUGGCGGAGGCACAGGAACAAAAAUUCCAGGUCACAUGUUUAGCAAUUUUGGAAAGGAGGGAAGCUUAUUUGUUGGAGGUGAUCGAGAUAACAAAGUCGAUAAACCAACACCAAACGUCGAAAAUGGGCCUGAAUAUGACGAACUAGAGGCUCUCUUAGCUGAGACUGAGGGUGGUGGCAUGCCUGCUGCAGUUCCAAAAUCAGGUUCGGGUUCAGGUCCGCCACAAGGGGCUUUUGAUGAUUUAGAUUCGAUGGAUAAUUAUGACUUUUAG